CGUGAACACGGUCUAACCAAAAUCAUGAUCAUCUUCAUCAUACUUGGAAUUGGAAUAGGCAUAUGCAUGUUAAUUGCACUAAUCCUCUUGUACAAAAAAAUGAACUCGCUGAUCGAGAAAAGUAAAGAAAUUGAAACAUUGUUGAAACAACAUGGAUCCCUCGGUCCAAAGAGGCAUACUUAUGCAGAUUUGAAGAGAAUUACAAACUCCUUCAAAAUCAAGCUAGGUGAAGGAGGUUACGGUAUUGUAUACAAAGGAAAACUACAUUGUGGGGAUCAAGUGGCAGUGAAAAUUCUCAAGAGAUCAUCGAAUCGAAAUAUGGAUAUGGUGGAAUUCAUCAAUGAAGUUGCAAGUAUCGGAAACACCAAUCAUAAAAACAUUGUGAAACUCCUAGGCUUUUGUUACGAGGGUUCAAAACGUGCUCUUAUAUAUGACUACAUGCCUUGCGGAUCUCUUGAAAAGUUCACACAUGGGGGCAGAGACGAAAACAAUCAACAACUCUCAUGGAAAAGUUUAUUUGAAAUCGCGAUUGGGAUUGCAAGAGGGCUAGAGUACUUGCACCAAGGGUGCAACACGAGAAUGUUACACUUUGACAUUAAGCCCCAAAACAUUCUAUUAGACGAGAAUUAUUGCCCCAAGAUAUCUGAUUUUGGCCUGGCUAAGAUAUGCCCACAAAAGGACAGCAUAAUAUCAAUGUCAGAAGCCAGAGGAAGUGCAGGGUACAUUGCUCCUGAGGUUUUCUUCAAGAGAUUUGGCGGAGUUUCUCAUAAAUCAGAUGUUUAUAGUUACGGAAUGUUGGUUUUGGAAAUGGUUGGGUGUCGAAAAAAUAUUGAUGCGAAAGUGGAACAUAGUAGUGAGCAGUAUUUUCCGCAUUGGAUUUACAAGCAACUCAAGGAAGUUGAAGAGAUCGAUCAAAACGACACCACAAACAACAACGAGGGAUCAGUACUCAAAAGGAAGAUGGUUGUAGUAAGUUUAUGGUGCAUACAAACCAACCCCUUGACCCGACCAAAUAUGACUCGAGUUGUAGAAAUGCUCGAAGGAACACUCGACUUGCUGCAGAUUCCUCCGAUUCCAUCUCUUGCUUCUCCUUUGAGAUCACGCGAAAUUUCUACCACUCUAGAUGAAAUCUCAUUAGGUGGACAUUUUGUAUCCUCCAUUUGAUGUUCUAGUUAGACAAUGUAGCCAUUAUAGUGAGCUUUUUAGCUUUGUGUAAAUGAUUGUCUCCAAUAAGUGCAAAAUAAUUUACUAGUUAAUUCGCUUAUAUUAUGUUUGGAAAUGAUGAUUAUUGGUUUAAUUUCAUGUUUGGCAAAUCAAUGAAUUCAAUUUUGAAUUUAAGUCAUUUCUAGCAUUGUAUUAAAAGUAGAUAAA